AUGGACCGACCGAAUUUUAACACUCGACGAUCCGUAGAUAGUGCACGCUCGGCUACCGCUACCAAUCCUGCUUCCCCUGCCACUGCCGCCGCGCCUGCUUCUCCCCUCAACCCUCACUCUUCCCAAACUUCGUCAUCCUCUUCCCAUUCGACCGUAAAUUCCUCUGCUCCUACCGACGUUCCUCUGCGAUCGAGGCCCGGACGCUCCGUCUCGCAUUCCCUCAAUCUAUCCUCUUCUGCCAGCAGGAAGAGCCGACAUGCCGAGCCUGGAACCACCGACGCCCACUCUGCCUCUGCUAGCCUUUCCAUGCCCCCGCCCUCUUCGAUUCCUCUAAAGAGCCCGAGAACUUCUCUCUGCCGCACCCGCCGAGAAUCCAAUAAUUCGCUCGAAGCCUGGAGCGAUUCCGCCUUGCAGUUUGCCGACGUCGACGAGGUCGACAAUACCCCACGCCUCAUGUCUGGGUCUAGCCAGCAAGAUUCCACCACCGCCCCAUAUCGCCCCCUCCCCGAACCCGCCCUCACCUCCCGAUCAUCUUUUUCUUCCGAGUCCGACCUCAAGGACAAGCGCACAUCCGUCUCCAGCAUCUUUUCUGUCUACUCCCUGGCCUCGGCUCGCGGCGCCGCCCCAACUUCCGUCCCCGCCACCCAAUCCUCUGCUGCUUCGACAAACGGCUCCGACGGUGGCCCUUCGCGCUCCGUUUCCGGCAUCAUGUCGUCAGGAAAACCAGUCACGAAUGCCUCGCAACCCGGCGCCGAGCUCUCCAACGUUACUGUAACUACCUCUUCGAAUGGUCAAAAUACCAAUGCCGCCCCGGGUGGUCAUCACCUGGCGCCGCGCGAGACCAAUACCCAUACGCACCACGAAGUAAUCAAACGGCCUCCUCGUCCCGCCCAGCCAACGCGAUCCCGCAGCCGCAACAAGCGCAGGUUCAGCGGAAGCACUGGUGCAAGCAGCCAUAGCCCCAGCAGCGAUCGAGGACCCUACCACAACAAGGAGAAAGAAGAGGUCAAGCCAGCGCCUUGGGGUGUUAUUGGAGUUUGCGCUUUGGAUGUCAAGGCCCGCAGCAAGCCUAGCAGGAACAUUCUGAACCGACUCAUUGCUAAUCGCGAGUUCGAUGUCGUUGUGUUUGGUGACAAGGUCAUUUUGGACGAAGAGGUCGAGAAUUGGCCCAUGUGUGAUUAUCUCAUCUCAUUCUAUUCGGAUGGCUUCCCCCUGGAUAAGGCAAUUGCCUACGUCAAGGCUAGAAAACCGUUCUGCGUCAACGAUGUGCCGAUGCAGAAGAUUCUUUGGGAUCGUCGUCUAUGCCUCAACAUCUUAGACGGAAUUGGUGUGGCUACGCCGAAACGCAUCGAGGUGAACCGUGAUGGCGGACCUAAGCUUUUGACCGCAGACACUGCAAAGCAUAUCAAGGAGAUUACUGGUAUAACCUUGGACGCCGAGGAUCUGGGCUACAAUAGGCUUCCCCGCAAGGUCGAGCUUCUCGACGACGGCGACAUUCUCAGCGUCGACGGCGCUCUGCUCAAGAAACCCUUUGUCGAGAAGCCUGUCAGCGGUGAAGAUCACAACAUCAUCAUCUACUUCCCCAAGUCCACCGGUGGUGGUGCUCGCCGGCUGUUUCGCAAAAUUGGCAACAAGAGCUCCGAGUAUGAUCCCGACUUGAACAUUCCUCGCGCUAUUCUGGAGCCAGAGAAUAGUUACAUUUACGAAAAGUUCAUGAGAGUUGACAAUGCUGAGGAUGUCAAAGCCUACACUGUGGGACCCAACUACUGCCACGCAGAGACUCGGAAAUCUCCAGUUGUCGACGGUGUCGUCAGACGAAACACGCACGGCAAGGAGCUGCGCUAUGUCACGGCAUUGGAGCCUGAAGAGAAGGAAAUUGCGAGCAAGAUUUCAACCUCUUUCGGCCAAAGAGUUUGCGGCUUCGACUUCCUGCGGGCCGGCGGCAAGAGCUAUGUCAUCGACGUUAAUGGUUGGAGCUUCGUCAAGGAUAACGACGAUUACUAUGACCACUGCGCCAACAUUCUCAAGGAUGUCUUUGUCAAGGAGAGGCUUCGCAGAGGCGGCGUCACCUCUCCCGUACCAUCACCUUCUCCCUCGGAUAUGACUGAUCCAUUGGCAUCGCGCGGAAAGGAGAAGGAGGCUUCGCAACCUAUCCCUGUGCCACCGGCGCAGAACAAGUCCGUGACCAACGUGUCGGCCGUUUCUGAGAAGCUACCCCAGGAGCCGAAGCCCAUACCAGCGAGUGCACCGCCUCAAAAGUCGGAGAGUGCACUCCCCUCUGCUGUCACCAGUUCGUGUACCAGCCCUACUCUUCCUCCUCCACCUCCGCUGGUAGAUCCUGCAGUGGCGAGCGUCCCUUCCACCGUGGGAACGGGGUCAGCGACUCCAUCCGCCGCGCCUUCGCUGCAAGGGGAGGGCACUGCGCCUCCUGCAGAGGAGGCUCCAGUGCCGCCGCCGCCACCGAAGCACUCUUGGAAACUCAAGGGCAUCGUGUCCGUCAUUCGACAUGCUGAUCGAACUCCGAAGCAAAAGUACAAGUUCACUUUCCAUACGGCGCCCUUUAUUGAAUUACUCAAGGGUCAUCAGGAAGAGGUGCUCCUCAUAGGAGAGGCCGCUCUGGCCAGCGUACUGCAGGCCGUAGAUGUCGCGUUGAGAGCUGGCGUAGAAGACCGCGCCAAGUUGAAAUCGCUGCGUAAUGUCCUCGUGAAGAAGGGGGGAUGGGCUGGCACCAAGGUCCAAAUUAAGCCAAUGUUCCGAAAGAAGAAGACGGAAGAGGUCGCAGUUUCGUCAGGCGACGAGCUUUCACAAGUCUUGAAAGAAGGCGUCGAAACGGACUUCGCAGAGAAGACUGAUGAUGGUGCCGCAAAGACGGAAAACUCUUCACCGUCCAGGAUGCCACCCAAGAGGCACGACUCACUUUCUGGUAUGACCAUGUCCCGCAUCACAGCAGCGGAGGAAAGCUUGGUCCUAGAGAAGCUUCAGCUCAUUGUGAAAUGGGGCGGUGAGCCAACACAUUCGGCACGCUAUCAGGCCCAGGAACUGGGUGAGAACAUGAGAAACGAUUUCAAUCUGCUUAACCGAGAUGUCCUUGACGAGGUUCACGUUUUCAGCAGUUCUGAACGUCGCGUUACUACCAGUGCGCAAAUUUGGGCUUCUGCUUUCCUGGAUCGCAAAGAUCUCCCUGAGGACUUCAUCACUAUCCGCAAGGAUUUGCUCGACGACUCCAACGCUGCCAAGGACGAGAUGGACAAGGUGAAGAAGAAGUUGAAGGGUCUUCUUCGCAAGGGUAACGAGCGACCUUCCCAAUUCGCUUGGCCGGAGAAAAUGCCCGAGCCUUCAGAGGUUCAGACGCGCGUUGUUCAACUCAUGAACUUCCAUCGUCGCGUAAUGCACUACAACUACAGCAAGCUGCACAACGGUAGUGCCGUUGCUUCUUUGAAUAAUGCCAUUGCCAACCCGGGUUCCGAGAAACCCACAAGUGCCGAGGCAUCAGGCUCGACAAGCUCCAUGUCCUCCUCACUGUCUCAGGCGAAUGCGGUGAGCAACAUUCAACCCAGAUGGUGUUGUGGCGAGGAUGCCGAGCUCUUCAGGGAACGCUGGGAAAAGCUUUUCGCGGAGUUUUGUGACGGAGAAAAGGUCGAUCCAAGCAAGAUCUCCGAGCUUUACGACACGAUGAAGUUCGAUGCUCUGCAUAACCGGCAGUUCUUGGAAUGGGUAUUCACACCGCCCAAAGCCAUGCUGGAGGAGGAGUACGGUAUCAAGGACAAGGAAAAGGACAAGGACAGCAAGGACGGUAGCAAAGAGGCGAAGACUGCCGAGAAAACAUCCGAUGAGGGGAAGUCGUCGCAGGACUCCCGCGAGGAACGACGGGAUUUCUCGGGAUCUAGCGAUAAGGCAGACAAGAGCGAAGCCAGCAAGAGCUCAACAUCUGUCAGACGCAUCUUCCGACGGCGGUCGUUCCUCAACGGUCUCCGACACGUCGAGGCAGCCCCGCCUGAACAGUACUUUCACCUCUACAAGAGCAACACUCAGACCAAGGCAAAGACCGAUGCCAGGUUUGAGCCGUUGCGGGAACUGUACCAGCUUGCCAAGGUUCUAUUCGACUUCAUCUGCCCUCAAGAGUACGGUAUCUCUGAUGGGGAGAAGCUGGAGAUUGGUCUUCUGACAUCGUUGCCGCUGCUCAAGGAGAUUGUCCAGGAUCUUGAGGAGAUGCAAGCAUCGAACGAUGCCAAAUCCUUCUUUUACUUUACCAAAGAGUCUCACAUUUACACCCUGCUCAACUGCAUCCUUGAAGGAGGGAUCGAGACGAAGAUCAAGAGAAGCACUAUUCCCGAGCUUGACUAUCUUUCGCAGAUCUGCUUCGAGCUGUAUGAAUCGGAGACCAAGGCCCCUGCCGCCACACCCGACAGGGGCGAGGAGCAGACAUUUGCCUACAGCAUCAGAAUCACCAUUAGCCCCGGAUGCCACGUCUUCGACCCGCUAGAUGUCCAAUUGGACAGCAAGCAUUGCAUCAGCUGCGCUCCGCGACGCAGUCUGACCCCUCACGGCGAUUGGAUGCAAGUGAUCCGCACUCUGAGGGCUAAGUUCAACCAAGUCAAACUUCCCAAGACGUUCCUCGCUGUGAACUUGUCAGAUCUCUUUUCUAUCGAGGACCAUGAACGACGGGAUAGUGACAGCGAGGGGCUCGAAAUGAAGGGAUUGCAUCCUAAGCCCAAGGUAUCAGAGCAGCAAACCACUGCCCACUCAGAAACCGAGAGCGGAACAGGAAAGGAGGAGCUUGUCUCAGCGGGCCAGGCUCUUGCUUCAGCCUCGUCGGUUGUCAUGGAUGAUGAGGAGCCCGUUAGCCCGAGAACCAAGCCUGACGCUUCAACCGAGACAAUCUCCCAGGUGGCAGCAGACUCUGCCGAGUGA